GCAACGUAUACUAGGUACUCGAUGCUAUGCAUCAAUCCGUCAACAGUCAAGGAACCGUUACUAAUUGCACUGACUCUUUAGUUUCUGGCCAUAGCCAUAUAAAAUAUAUCAACCAUCUUAUGAAGCCUUAUGUUAUUGAGAGUUGAUUCUCUUUGGCACUCAUACGUGAUUUUAGACAACAGAAAUUGGAAUGAGUCAUACCGGAGGUAAUAUGGCAAUUGGUAUCGACUGAGGGACGACGUAUUCGUGUGUUGGGUACUGGAAACACGACAGGGUUGAGAUCAUAACGAAUGACCAAGGCAAAGGAACCACCCGGUCUUAUGUAGCUUUUACUGAUGAAGAACGUCUCGUUGGCGAUGCAGCUUUCAACCAAGUUGCGCUGAAUCCCGUCAACACCGUUUUCGAUGCUAAGAGAUUGAUUGGGAGAAAAUACAGCAACGAGUCUGUUCAGAGUAACAUUAAACUCUGGCCAUUCAAAGUCAUCCCCGACGAUCAGGACAAUCCGAUGAUUGAAGUUACCUACAAAGGUGAACAAAAGCAAUUUGCAGCAGAGGAAAUUUCCUCCAUGGUGUUAGCAAAGAUGAAGCAGAUUGCCGAGACGUACAUUGGGUCAACCGUUAAUAAUGCGGUUAUUACAGUCCCUGCCUAUUUCACUUAUUUUCAGCGUAGGGCAACACAGGAUGCCGGAGAGAUUGCCGGUAUUAAGGUAUUAAGUAUCCUCAAUGAACCUACUGUUGCUGCUAUUGCGUACUAUGUCGACAAUCAGUUCAGCAUCAAGGGAAAAAGGAACCUUCUGAUCUUUGAUCUUGGGGGUGGUACUCUUGAUGUUUCAGCUCUCACCAUUGAAAAUGGUCGCAUUGAAGUGAAAGCUAUUGUUGGUGAUACUCACCUUGGUGGGGAAGACUUUGACAAUAGGAUGGUGAACCACUUCAUUAAGGAAUUCAAGCGGAAACACGAAAAGGAUAUCAGUGACAAUCCGAGAGCAAUCAAGAGGUUAAGAACGAAAUGUGAAAGGGCAAAGAGGAUCCUCUCAUCUUCUGCCCUGACAAGAAUUGAGAUUGAUUCAGUGUACGAAGGCAUUGAUUUUUCAGCACCAAUCACCCGAGCAAAAUUCGAGGAAUUGAACUCAGAUUUAUUUAUCAAGUCCAUGGAGGCAGUAGAGAAGUGUUUGGCAGAUGCCCGUAUGAGUAAGAAUGAUGUGGAUGAUGUUGUGUUGGUGGGUGGCUCGAGCAGGAUUCCACGAGUCCAAAAAAUGUUGAAAGACUUGCUAAAUGGCAAGGAGUCUUGCAAGAACAUCAACCUAGAUGAAGCGGUUGCUUACGGCGCAGCUGUUCAGGCAGCAUUCUUCAGCGGCCAGUGUAGUGCCAAGGUUCAGGAGCUUGUGCUUGUGGAAGUCACUCCAUUAUCCCUAGGUAUAGAAGUGAUAGGAGAAGUCAUGGUUGUAGUGAUUCCUCGGAACACCCCCACCCCUUCCCGAAAGACAUCAAAGCAUAGUACUGCAUUGGACAACCGAACAGCCACAGUAUUUAAAGUGUUCGAAGGAGAAAGAGCCAGAUCAACGAACAACAAUUUGUUGGGUCAAUUCGAGCUCACAGGCAUUCAAAUAGCCCCAAGGACAGUUCCUGAACUCGAAGUCAGCUUUGAUUUGCAAGCCAAUGGAAUUUUGAAUGUCUCAGCACGGGAUAAAAUCACAUUGGCAGAGAACAGCAUCAGCAUCACUAGGGGAAGACUAUCAAGGGAUGAAAUAGAUAAGAUGGUAGAGGAAGCCAACCAGUUCAAAACCGAGGAUGAAAAACACCGGAAGAAGUAUGAAGCGAUGUGUGCAUUUGUGAAUUACUUUUGUCAGAUGAGGGAUAACAUAGAUAAAGGCAGCAUGUCCGGCCCUGACAGAAAGAAAGCUACAGAUGCAAUAAGGAAGGCUUUCCAGUGGGUGGACAACUUGAAUGAACAGAGAAAGCUUGCUGAAGUUCAUGAAUACGAGGCAAAGAGAAAGGAACUUGUUGCUUCUUAUCUUGAAACUAAGGGCUGACUGAACAACUUAGAGCUAUAAUGGUAUGCUUCAUUUUUUUUUUCCUUUUCUGCUAAAAAAACUUAAGGCCAAUUGUUAUUUGCUAUUUUGUUUGAAUGUUAGUCCCGGUUUUCAUUCUACACGAUUCAUGAUCAGCAACUCGUGUGAGAUUAAUGGUUUAAUCAAU